AUGGUCGUUGUCAUGUUUGGGGAAAACGUAUGUGAUUACUCCAUCCUUAUAAAGCAUCACAGAAUCCACACAGGGAAGAGGCCCUAUGAAUGCACUGAGUGUGGAAAAUGCUUCACUAGCAGCUCAGGCCUUUCUAAACAUCAGAGAAUCCACACAGGGGAGAGGCCCUAUGAAUGCAGUGAGUGUGGAAAAUGCUUCACUAGCAGCUCAGGCCUUUAUCAACAUCAGAGAAUCCACAAAGGGGAGAGGCCCUAUGCAUGCAGUGAGUGUGGAAAAUGCUUCACUAACAGCUCAGCCCUUUCUCAACAUCAGAGAAUCCACACAGGGGAGAGGCCUUAUGAAUGCAGUGAGUGUGGGAAAACCUUCAGUCGCAGUUCACACCUUCUUACCCAUCAGAGAAUCCACACAGGGAAGAGGCCCUAUGAAUGCAGUGAGUGUGGGAAAACCUUCAAUCGCAGCUCAAACCUUCUUACCCAUAAGAGAAUCCACACAGGGGAGAGGCCCUAUGAAUGCAGUGAGUGUGGAAAAUGCUUCACUCACAGAUCACACCUUCUUACCCAUCAGAGAAUCCACACAGGGGAGAGGCCCUAUGAAUGCAGUGAAUGUGGGGGAAAAUUCAGUCGCAGCUCAGACCUUAUUAUACAUCAGAGAAUCCACACAGGGGAGAGGCCCUAUGAAUGCAGUGAGUGUGGAAAAUGCUUCACUAACAGCUCAGCCCUUUCUCAACAUCAGAGAAUCCACACAGGGGAGAGGCCCUAUGAAUGCAGUGAGUGUGGGAAAACCUUUAUUACCAGCUCAGACCUUAUUAAGCAUCAGAGAAUACACACAGGGGAGAGGCCCUAUGAAUGCAGUGAGUGUGGAAAAUGCUUCACUAGAAGCUCAGUCCUUUCUAAACAUCAGAGAAUCCACACUGGUGGGAGACCCUAUAAAUGCAGUGAGUGCGGGAAA